CAAAGAUUUCAGAUUAGAUUCUCUUUCCCUGUUCUUUGGCCACAAUUCGGCUUCAACAUUUGGCCCACCCCAUUUCCUGGUUUCCAUUCAAAAAUUCUCUUCAUUUCUUCCUUCCCUCUCGGCUCCGUCCAAAAGAAAUAUCUCAACUACAAGAACAAUCUAUACAGUUCUCUGUUCUUCCAAAACGCAUUUCCAAUUCAAUUGGAUACUGGAGAUAAAACCUCAAUUGAAUUCCUACAUGGCCUCAAUAUCAACAAUCAAACCAACCCUUUUGUUGCUUGAUUCUAACCUCAAAUGGAACCCUUUGCUACCUUCCCCGAGUCCCUUUAAACAUUCAUUUCAAUACCACAAACUCCAACAACCCAUUAAGGUUAGUUGCAAUAAGCCCUUGAGAUUUACUCUCAAUUGUUUCUUUUCCAACCAUAAUAAAACUUUAGAUACUAGCCACGGAGAUGGCAGCUAUGAAAAGUCCUCGAAAUUCUCACAUUCAUUGAAGGCCCAACAAAACCCUUUUGACAAGCUAGCUAAAUUUGUCCUAAAUUCCCUGAAAGCUCUACAAAAACCUGCAGUGGCCGCAAUUCUUGUGGGAUUGUUGUUAAUGUAUGAUCCCAAUUCUGCAUUGGCUGCCUCCGGUGGUAGGAUGGGUGGCCGGUCAUUUUCGUCUUCAUCUUCUUCAUCAAGAAGUUACUCAGUGCCCAGGACAUCUGGAGGAUCGAGCUUUUCGUACUCAGCUCCGUAUUAUGCCCCCUCGCCAUUCGGAUUUGGUGGAGGUGGUGUUUAUUUUGGUCCGGCAGUGGGCUUUGGCUCAAGUUUUUUCUUCAUCAUAAUGGGUUUUGCCGCGUUUAUGUUGGUCUCUGGCUUCUUAUCGGAUCGGUCGGAGGGUAGCGUGCUCACAGCUUCAGAGAAGACUAGUGUUCUUAAGCUGCAGGUUGGCUUGUUAGGUUUGGGGAGAUCACUACAGAGGGAUCUCGAUAGAAUUGCUGAAGUUGCAGAUACCUCUACCCCACAGGGAUUAAGCUACGUAUUAACUGAGACUACUUUAGCUUUGCUUCGGCAUCCUGAUUAUUGCAUCUCAGCUUAUUCAUCUGCUGAUGUUAAGAGGAGCAUUGACGAAGGGGAAAAACGUUUCAAUCAACUUUCUAUUGAGGAACGUGGUAAGUUUGAUGAGGAGACACUUGUCAACGUCAACAAUAUAAAGAAGCGAAGUUCAACUAGCCAGAGAGCCAGCGGAUUUAGUAAUGAGUACAUUGUGGUUACAAUAUUGGUGGCUGCCGAAGGUGUACAUAAGCUGCCUACCAUCAACAGCAGCUUAGAUUUGAAGGAAGCCUUACAAAAGCUCGCGUCUAUUCCAUCAAGUAAAACUCUGGCAGUUGAGGUUUUGUGGACUCCCCAGAAUGAAGACGAUGCAUUAUCUGAGCGUGAGUUGCUCGAAGAUUACCCCCUUUUGCGCCCUCUGUAAACCAGCACCCUCUGUAACAAACAGGACUUUCUCGAACUUGGUUUUUGAAGAGGCUCUUUAGCAAAGGUGUAAGUACAGGAAUGUAUGUUGUUCCAUAAUAGACCCCAUAGCCACACAAAAUAUUGUAUAUAUAUAUAGCAGGUAAAUACAGUAAAAUGCGAUGCUCUCACAAUUUUGACGAUGAUCUUUCUCUAGUUCUUACCUUUGUACUGCUUCUGGAUGAACUUGUGAGUAAAUUUUGAAGCACCGUGUCCAUAAGUUCGCUAAAAUAUGUAUUUUCUUCGUUGUUAAAGAAUAGAAAAAGAAGACUGCCCAUUUUCUUUUCUUUUUUUUUUUUUCUUUUAUCCCGU